GUUCGUUCAUAUUGAGUUCGUUCAUAUACUCGCCAACCAUUGUGCGCGAAGCAAACAUCAGUCUUCCGAUUCAUACAACCGACAACCCGCAACACCCCUAACCUUCAACUUCAACCAUGUCCCACAUCCCUCAACAGCAGACCGGCGAGUGGGAGGGCGGCUUUUGCGAUGGCGUCUGCGGCGGCGACUGCGGUACCUGCAUGGGCUCUUGGUUCUGCGCAUGCUUCCUCCACGGCCGAGUCUCAUCUCGCUUCCAGGCGUUUCCGGUCGAGGACGACUCGAUGCUCAAUUCGUCCUGCCUCUUCUGGUAUCUCGGCGCGUGCUGCGGCUUCCAGUGGGUUCCACAACUGCUUCGCCGACAGGAAAUCCGACAGACCUUUGGCAUUCGGGGCAGCGAUAUCAAGGACUGCUGUGCCAGUUUCUGGUGCACACCUUGCACAUUGGCGCAGAUGAACAUGGAGGUGAAGAAGAGGGCGGAGAAAGCGAGGCUGAUGGCGGGAUCGUCUGAUGCUGGAUAUAAGAGUGAGGCUGGGAUGAGCUAUGCGCCGCCGCCGCAGCAGGCAAUGGGAGAGAAGCAGGAAUCGAUGCUUCAGAGCCACCCGAACAAUGUUGCGCAAGGUCCUGUGGGCGCAUGAUCUUGGCCUCGAUGUGUGGUGGAUUGGAGAAUGGUUUAUCUUCGCGCGCCCGAGGAGUCUGCAUUUGUGUAGU